AAAGCAAGUGUCCUCUUUUCCGCCUGUGUUCGCAGCGCUGCGACACAUGUGCGAGUUAAAUAAUAAUAAUUGAUCAAAAUGCGCAUCGAGAAGUGUUAUUUCUGCUCGGCCCCGGUUUAUCCGGGUCACGGAAUGAUGUUUGUGCGGAACGACUGUAAGUCUUUCAGGUUCUGCAGAUCCAAAUGCCACAGAAACUUCAAGAAGAAGCGAAACCCGAGAAAGACCAGAUGGACCAAAGCGUUCAGGAAAUCAGCGGGCAAAGAGCUGACGCUGGAUAACGCGCUGGAGUUCGAGAAGCGCAGGAAUAUUCCCGUCAAAUACAACCGAGAGCUCUGGAGCAAGACGAUGGAGGCGAUGAAGAAGGUCGAAGUUAUCAAGACCAAGCGCCAGGCUCGGUUUAUCAUCAACAGGUUGAAGAAAGGCAAAGAGCUGGAGAAGGAGGCCGCCAUCAGCGAAGUCAAGAAAAACAUUCACCUCAUCAAAGCUCCACACGCAGGUCAAGCCAAACAGCUGGAGGACAAGAUGGUCCAGAAACUGGCAGAAGACGUGCACAUGGAUGAGUGACACCAACAACACUUUACUUCUGGACUUUCAGAAGCUUUCUGCGGAAAUA